CUUUCUUCUUUCUAUUUCUGGGCAUUUCCAGCAACAUGUCCAGCGCCUUGGCCAACGCGGUAUGCCAGCGCUGCCAGGCGCGCUUCGCCCCUGCCGAGCGGAUCGUCAACAGCAACGGAGAGCUGUACCACGAGCACUGCUUCGUGUGUGCCCAGUGCUUCCGGCCCUUCCCCGAGGGGCUCUUCUACGAGUUCGAAGGCCGGAAGUACUGCGAACAUGACUUCCAAAUGCUGUUUGCUCCGUGUUGUGGAUCCUGCGGUGAGUUCAUCAUCGGCCGCGUCAUCAAGGCUAUGAACAACAACUGGCACCCGGGGUGCUUCCGCUGUGAGCUGUGUGACGUGGAGCUGGCUGACCUGGGCUUCGUGAAGAACGCAGGCAGGCACCUGUGCCGGCCUUGCCACAACCGGGAGAAGGCCAAGGGCCUGGGCAAGUAUGUCUGCCAGCGGUGCCAUCUGGUCAUUGAUGAGCAGCCCCUUAUGUUCAAGAAUGACGCCUACCACCCGGACCACUUCAGUUGCACCCACUGCGGGAAGGAGCUGACUGCAGAGGCCCGAGAGCUGAAGGGUGAGCUCUAUUGCCUGCCCUGCCAUGACAAGAUGGGCGUCCCCAUCUGUGGGGCCUGUCGCCGGCCCAUUGAGGGCCGUGUGGUCAACGCACUGGGCAAGCAGUGGCACGUGGAGCACUUUGUCUGCGCCAAGUGUGAGAAGCCAUUUCUGGGGCACCGGCACUACGAGAAGAAGGGCCUGGCCUACUGUGAGACCCACUACAACCAGCUCUUUGGGGACGUCUGCUAUAACUGCAGCCAUGUGAUCGAGGGUGAUGUGGUGUCAGCACUCAACAAGGCCUGGUGCGUGCAUUGCUUCUCCUGUUCCACCUGCAACAGCAAGCUCACCCUGAGGAACAAGUUUGUGGAGUUCGACAUGAAGCCUGUGUGUAAGAGAUGCUAUGAGAAGUUCCCGCUGGAGCUGAAGAAGCGGCUGAAGAAGCUGUCAGAACUGGCCGCGCGCAAGGCCCAGCCCAAGUCCGUGGGCCUCAACUCUGCCUGAGCGGCCUCCUGCCCACCCUCCGCCUCCACCCCAUCCCUUCCUGCCGGCACCCCCUGCCCUUCGCUGCCUCCACUCCUCAUCUCUGCUCCCUGUCUGUGGCCUCCCCCUCCUUCCUUCCCUCUGCCCCUCCCCUCCCAUACCUCUUCCGCCCCUCCCCUUCUUUCCCUC